GUUAAACCUAAUCCACCUAAUACAAAGAGAAGCAGACUGAAGUACUUAAAACAUGAAUGACAGGGUUGUUGCUCUAGUCGACAUGGACUGUUUCUAUUGUCAAGUAGAAACUAGGCUGAAUCCAUCACUGAAAGGGAAGCCAAUGGCUGUGGUUCAAUAUAACCAGUGGAAGGGUGGUGGGAUUAUUGCUGUGAACUACGAAGCAAGAGACAUGGGUGUCACAAGGCAUAUGCGGGGAGACGAAGCCAAAAAACAUUGUCCAGAGAUACAACUAGUGAGCGUACCAGCAGUGCGUGGCAAGGCUGAUCUGACCAAGUAUCGAGAUGCAGGACGUGAAGUGAUCAAGGUGAUCUGUGAGUUCAGCGAGGUGGUGCAGCGAGCCAGCGUGGACGAGGCGUACAUCGACCUGACGGAGGUGGUGGCGCAACGUCUGGCUAAACACACCAAGGUGACAUCAGCUCAGCUGGAGAACACAUUUGUUGUCGGCUACUCACCAGACAGCAGCAAUGACGAAGGAGCACGCAGUGUCGGGGUUGACACCUGGCUUGGUGAGGUUUACGGUUGCAGCCUCUCUGACCCUCUGCUGCACAAGUUAGCUACUGCAACAGCCCUCGUGGAGGAAAUGAGAGCUGCUGUCUAUGAUCGGACAGGUUUCCGCUGUUCUGCUGGCAUUGCACAUAACAAGAUCUUGGCCAAACUGGUGGCUGGAAUGCACAAACCCAACAGACAGACAGUGCUGCCACCUGCCAGUGUGAGAGAACUGUACAGCAGCUUGCCUCUGAAGAAGGUUCGCAACCUCGGCGGCAAGUUGGGGGACGAUGUUGUGGAGAGGCUAGGUAUCACGCUAAUGUCCGAACUGGCUAACUUCACUGAGAAACAGCUGCAAGCAAAGUACGACGACAAAACUGGGACUUGGCUGUACAACAUUGCCCGUGGGAUAGACUUGGACCCUGUGACGCCUCGGCUGGUGUCCAAGAGUAUUGGAUGUUGUAAGAAGUUCCCGGGAGUCACGUCCUUGCGUACCAAAACCAACGUUACUCAUUGGCUGUCAGAGCUGGCCACAGAGGUGGCAGAGCGGCUUGAUGAGGACAUACACAUGAACAAGCGAAAAGCUCAACUGUUGACUAUUCACUUCAGCCAAGAGGUUGACGGCAGAGAUGUGGCAAUGUCUCGCUCAGUUGCGUUCCCUGGUUAUGAAAGUGAGAGGAUUGCUGGCUGUGCCUUCAGGGUUCUCAGCAAACACAACUGUGCCAACCCUACUUCUGAUGCUUGGCAUCCUCCCCUGAAGUACUUGGGGUUAUCUGCUGGAAAAUUCACAGACUACUCAGGAAAUUCUGUUGGGUCAAUAGAUAAUUUUUUCAAAGUCAAACCUUCAACCAGUAAAUUGAUUGAUGCAGAAGUAACGUCCUCUAAAGCUGACCCUCCUCUGGUAAAUGAUGAUGUGAGUGGUAAAUGUGAUUCAAAUACUAAAGAGACAACCAAAGAUGAUGAACAGGGUGGAAAAACAUCCUUCUUUGAAAGAUAUUUUAAGAACCAACCGAACAAAAUAGUAAAAUGUAGUCCUAGAGAAGGAAAUGUUUCAGAAGAUAGAAACAAUAAAAUCGAUGACCCUAGUAAAAGUGUGGAGAAGGUAAUAAUUAAUCAUGUUCCAACUAUUGUGGAAUCCAAGCACAUUAAUCAAAAAGACCCAUUCAAAUCUCAAGUCAAAGAACCCACAGUAAAAAGUGAAGAAAGCUGGAUCAGCCCUUCAGAAAUAUUUCCCGACCUUGAAAAUAUAGACGACAGCAUCAUGGGAAUCCUCCCAUCUCCUUUGCAACGUAAAAUCAGCAAAAUGAAAGAAAUAAAAAACACCUCGUCUUCAACAUGUAAUGUUAAAAGCAGCUGCUCUCGCUAUUCCACAGAAUCCGACUGUGCUCCGACAAUCGUAGAAACUGUAGUUGACAUUCAUCCAUCUAGUGCAAUGCCAAACGUUCCCACUACUACGUCCAAGUGUGUAAUUCAGGUUAAAAAACAAACAGAUGGGUCAGAAGAGGAUUUGAUUGAGUCAGAGAGUGUGUUCCAAACUUCUCCAGAUAUGUUUGACCGAGCUGACCAACAAACAUCGGCGAGUGAGGAAUGUUCAUACUGCAAACAACAAAUAUCCAUCUAUGAACUGCAGGAACAUUUAGACCACCAUGUGGCCUUGGAGUUGCAAGAGCAGUGGAACAAACAGCCUCAGAAUAACAGGACAGCUUCUAAAGAAACAAAAACCCUCAAACCAGUAGUGGCUAGUGAAAAGAAAAAGCGGGGAAGACCUAGCAAGAAAGAUAUAGUUGCACCGAAAAAGUUGAGAACCAUUGUAUCGUUUUUUACUAAAAGCUAACCUACAUUUUCUUAGUUCUAAUUCAAGUGGAAUCACAUUUUAAUCUGUCUUUAAAAGUCUGGGCGUUUUUACAAAGUGCGAGGGGUUCAAGUAAGUAUUUUGUAUAACAAAUCUUGUUUAAAUCACCGUGCGUAUAAAACGUAAAAUCAAAAUGUGAAUAUCAUUGUUAUCGUUUUAGCCUUAAAAGGUGUUUAAGAUCUUUAAUAAUGCAGAUUUUCUUGGAUGAAUUUAGUUGAUCAAUGGAUAUUCUUAUUUGCGAGUUCCAAGCUAUGUAUUUCUUUAUCAUGUGAAAAUGAAAAAUGAAAAUACCAACACGAGUAGGCCUAUAGGAUAUGUUAACUUCUAAAUCUUUCAAUCUUUGCUACCUCAGCAUUCAAAAUAUUCUAAAUAGCACUAAGACCACUGUACCUCUUGUUUUCACAAAUACCUUUGCAAUUGUAUGUUUGCCUUGAAAAUAACAUUUAUUGUAGCCUAUCUGUUGAAUAAGUAAAGAGCAUGAAAUAACACGUGGGGGCUCAUCCACACAAUAUGCCAGCAGAAAUUAUGUGACCCAACUCAAAUAUUUUUUAAACUUCCACUACAAGUCAAAAGUGUUGGCAUUGUCCAUAGACGGAUAUGGUACUCUAAUACCUUUUUUUUGAGACUUGAAAAAAGUCGAGAACAUUUUAAUCGAUUAGGCUCAUACUUGGCUCUCCCCUCAUUAACUAAUAAUUAAAAAUACUUAUGUGGAGAAAUCUAAAAAUAACGCAUUAUGUAAACUAACAAGAGAUACAAUUUAGAGAAACUACUAACUGUACUACUGUAAUUCUAUAGAAAUUUUAAGUAUUCAUACCUAAUCCAAAACCUUAAAAAUUCUUAAGAAAACUAUUAUUAAUAUAUUGCAAAAAAAUUAAAUAGGUGUUCUUUAUAUUAUUGCUUUCUUUAGAUAGAAGGUUUUGGCUGUUAAUUCUGGUUAUAUAUCUUUGAUAACACUCAACUGAUUGUUACAUCUUUAAAAGAAUUGUACCUACAUCUUUGCAACCAAUCAAAAUUAGUUUAGUACUCAAAUAGAAAAUCAAAAUCAAAAAUCAUAUUCUUUAUUGCCAUUUUAAUUCCUGGUUCAAUCUAUAAAUGGGUUUUCUAUGUAUUAAUUUUAUAUAUCCUAGGUACUGUACUUAUUUUAAUAGAUUCCAAAGAUGAGGCUGCUGUGUAAGAAAAAAAAUAUCUAAUAAUUUAUACUGUUAUUGUUUUUGCAUGUAGGUUAUUUAUUUGUUAUAAGCUGUAAUAUGUUAUUUUUAUACUGUGAUAUUAAAGUAAGUUGGCAGUUUAGUAGUUAGUAUAUUUUUUUAAACUAUUUAAUUGUUAAGAUUGCUAUGUAACAGUAGGCUACCGUCCAAGAUAAAUAAAUUCCAU